AUGGCGUCUCCUCUACAUAUUAAGAGCAAUGAAACGUUUUACUAUUCGAACAUAUCCAAUGUGGGGGAGGAGAUGGGGAAGGGAUCGACGAACAGUGCAGGUGCCUCGAAACGAGAGGGAUCUUAUGAAAGAAAGGAUAGUGGGAAGGUGCACUCGGACAAAUAUGUGUGGUGCUUCUACAACAACAUGUAUAAGAAGAUGGAGGUGUGCGGAUUCAGCGAGUCGGGAAAGUCUUACACCCUUAAGAGAAAAGGAGAGACCCUGGAGAAUGUCCCCAAAGAGAAUGUCACCCCGUGCCUGAAGGAGCACAUUCAUCUGGACAGCGAAAACAACGUCGACAUUAUACAACUGAAUGAGCCCAACGUGAUAGAAAAUUUAAAAAACCGAUAUGCGAAAAAUAAGAUAUACACAUUUCAUGUGUCCCUCCUCUUGGCCAUCAACCCGUACAAGCAAAUCAAGGGGCUCUACGGAAUGAAGAGUAUGAACCGAUACUUGAACAAGUUUGGGAUGGGGUGCUUGGGAAGAGGCAGGGGCAACAACCUCAGUGAUAAGCAUAGCGGCGGGGGUGGUAGGACUGAUGAGUGCUUCGAAGACAGGAGCGCCUCUUCGCACGACGAGGGAAAUUCCGCAAACCAAGCGCACAUCUACGACAUCGGCAACAUGGCCUACAAGAAUAUGGUGCUGAAGAAGAAGAGACAAACCAUCGUCGUGUCGGGGCAUAGCGGAAGUGGGAAAACGGAAAAUUGUAAAAUUCUCUUCAAGUAUUUCCAUUACAUUUUCUUCCACAAGAAUGGAGGGGGUGGGGUGGGAGAGGACGAAGCGGAAAAAGAUGCAACACUGCUCCGUCACACAUAUUCCCGUGGAUGCCCUUCAGAAGACCUUCACCCGGAUGAUGUGAGCGGAGAUGCAAACCGCCAACGGCUAGACAAACUAAUAUACAUUAACAGCAUCAUCGAGGCCAUGAGUAACGCCAAGACGAUCAAGAACAAUAAUAGCAGCAGGUGCGGACGGAUCAACGAUUUGGUGUUUGAGGAAAGGAAGAAGACAGAUGAAACCAUUUUUAAUUAUUGCUUCUCCAACAUUAAGAUUUUAAUCCUCCUGCUGGAACUCAAUCGGUGCAUUAGUCACAACAAGGGGGAAAGGAAUUUUCACAUUUUUUACCAAGUCAUUAGGGGGUUGACAGAUGCGCAGUUGAGUGAGAGGGGACUGGUGAGAGAUGUUCAUCGGUAUAGGCUUCUCACGUGUGGUAGCCAGGGGGGGGACAGUGGUACAGGUGAAUCUGCCCUUGAGGAAGAGCAGAAAGAUGAAAAAAAUUUUCAACACUUGAUGGAAGGCCUGAGGUAUAUACAGUACGAUGAGGGGAGGAUAAAUGAGCUUGUGGAUGUCAUCGCUGGGGUUAUUCACUUGGGGGAGAUUGAUACGGGUGUGGAAGGAGAAGGUGAUUCACUGCACAAUGAGGAGCGCGAUGAGUCGAGUAGUCACAGCUACAAAAAUGCAUGUGCCUGUUUGCGCUUGCCCAUUGCUGAUCUACAAAGCAUGAUAAAGUUUAAAUGUAUUCACGUCUCGGGGGAAAGGAUCAGGACCCGUCGGAGUAGAGACAAUUCAAUGUACACUCUGCAUAGCUUGAUAAAGGUGAUAUACAAAAAUGUAUUUAACAAAGUCGUGAGCGACAUAAAUAGGAUUCAUUUGUCUUCGAAAGAGAUAGAAGAGAUUAUGAAUGAGUCUGUGUAUGCGAAGAAUAAUCAUAUCAUUUCCAUUUUGGACCUAUACGGGUUUGAGGAUCUAGCUUCCAACGACUUUGAGCAGCUGUGUAUCAAUCUGGCCAAUGAAAAAUUAAACAAUUAUUACAUUAUGAAUGAAGUAGAAAAAGAAAAGCAAAUUUAUAAGGAGGAAAAUAUCCUGUGGACUGAAAUUUCUAUUCCUAAUUAUAAAGACACAAUCCUUUUGGUUGAAAAAUUAUUUUCUAAUCUAGAUGAUAUCACGAAGCUGAAUAGCUCUGGGCAGAAGAAAGGGGAUGAAAAUUUCUUUUCUUAUCUUUUAAAUAAUGAGAAGAGUUACCUGGAGAAGGGUACAUACGGCUUUGUUAGCAGCAAGGACGGGUCCCUCACAGGUAGAAGGCACGGUGUGAAGAGGAACGUGUUCUUUGUGAGGCACUACGCGGGGUGUGUGGCUUACACGGUGAACGAUUGGAUAAAGAAGAACAGCGACCGGGUUGAGGUGGAGAUACAGGAGUUGAUUGCCCAGUCGGGCAACUGGUUCCUUGGCGGGGGGGCAUCGACGAGUACACGCGGUGAAGAGGAACCAGGCGCAGCCCCCGGUCACGGAGAAGGAAAUCUGAGCAAAUUACAAAAUGGGCAUGGCCAAACAGCCCAGCGAAGAGUAGGUAAUGUACCAAGUGACGCGAACUGUUUCUUGGCCUCUGCAAAGCGGGGGGGAGGCGGAGGAGGAGGAGGACUAGUAGCAGUACCCACCACAGACAGCAGUCACACCAUCUGCAACAAAAAUGUCCUGAGUGUAAGUAAAAAGUAUAUAAAGGAGUUAGAUAAAUUAUUCUCCAAUAUGGAGAAUACGGAUCUACAUUACAUUAGGUGUAUAUUACCAAACGAACAAAUGAAGAGAGAUACCUUCAAGAGGAGAUUGAUUUACACUCAGUUGAAACAGUGUGGAGCGAUUGAAAUGGUAAAGGUUGUGAAUAGAGGCUUGUCUCACAAGGUGCUGAAGGGAGAAUUGCUAAACAGAUGCGUGAGGGACAUUCCGAACAACAUGAAACAUUGUAGAGAUGAUGAUGUUGUUUAUUAUUUCAUGAGAUUGUUUGGAGAAAAAAAUACCUUCAAAUUAGGAACCCAUUAUAUUUUUAUGGGUUCAAGUAUGUAUACAGAUGUGCAUGGGUAUUUGUAUGGUGGUGACUUUGAUCAGAUCAGCAGUCUUCUUCCCCUGAUGGAGGAAAGAAAAGAAAAAAUCUUCAAAGAAAUACGAGAAAUGCGAUUUAGGAGGUCCGUGUUGGUGGUACAAAUAUACAACUGGAUGAACACGUACUACAGGACCUACUUGAAUAAAAAAAAAAGGAUGAAGGAAAUGGCGUGCGAUUAUAUGUAUAAAAUUUACUUAAUAUUCAAAACGGUGAUGAGUGUGAAGAGGACCCUGGGGUACAACGUGCGUCGACUGCAGAGGGUGUUGGCGCGCAAGGCGUACGGGGGGUUCUUCAAGCAGGUGCGGGCGGUCAAGAGGCGUACCUCCUUCGGCAGAGCAGUCCGUUCAAAGGUUGGUGCAGGGGGAGGUCAAGCAGCAGUCACUACGGCAGUCACUACGGAAGUCACUAAAGAAGGCAAUGAGGAAGGAAAUGAGAAAGGCUUCGCGCCGACCUUGUCCUCCCCCCCUUGCCAAGACGCACGUACCAACUGCCUCCACCACGUGGCACCAGAAAUAUUUGUGGCCACCCCGGACAAUUACCAUCACGUGUAUAACAACAUCGACUGGGUCGUGGUGUUCCGAGAGAAGCAGCUGCACCUGUACAUCAUCUCUUACUCCUUUGAGCGGAUGAGCAAAAAGUAUCUCCCCGAUUAUGACUCCGUCACAGUGAAGAAGGUUCCUUGGGGAGGGGAAACCCCCCUUACACAGUUCGAGAACGACAGCCACAUGCCUCCUCCCCCAAUCCAUUGCAGCAGCCAGCACCCUGUGUACAAAAACAUAUUCCUAGCGGUGGGCGCCGAUUUAUCAGUGCGUAUCUUUACCUACCCGACAUUGGACUCCAUUAAGAGCUUCUUAAAAAAGAAGAUCGAGUUAAUGAAGAAGGGCAGCGAGGAUGUGCCCAGCACGUACCUGCCACAGUUGCAUCGGAGUAGGAAAUUUGGAGGGCCAUCAUCAAUGGGAGCAGCAACUAGGAAAGGAACUGAACGAGGUGAACUCUUCAGCGAAGAAAAUCUUAAGAUGUUCAUGCAUAUGUACAAAAAUGUGUAUGUGUUGAGUUGUCUCGGGAAGGCACCAGGGGGGGGCGAAGUGAUGGAGGAGGGAGGACAAUGCAGGGGAAAGACGAGAAAAAGGAAAGAAGAGUAUACGUUGUUGAAGAGAAUAAAUAAAGAAGAAUAUCUGGAGAGGGAGAUGUACACAAACCCUUCAUUUAAAAUGCUAAAGAUUACUUUCCUCCCCACGAGCCUUAGCCAGUUCAUGUGUUUGUCCUAUGUACACGUAAGAAAGGAUCAUUACUUAUUGGUGACCUUCGUAAAUUAUUUCUCGAAGCCAAUUUAUAAUUACACAACGAGAAUUAACAUCAGUAACGUUAUCAACAAUGAGCAGUUUUGGAAUUUCUUUUUAAAUUUUUGUGGCGAGUCUGUUCUUACUGGUUCAAUAGAAGCGGUGAGGAGAUUCCCCGGGGGAAGGAAAGAGGGGGGGGAGGAAGUUUCCCCAGGGGAACAACAUGAAGAGAGAAAAAAAAAAGACGUGGAAAACUACCUCAGCACAAUAAAAAUGUCUGUAAUUAACAAUACCCAUGUAAUUAUUCACGGAGCUUGUCUUUUGAGUCUAGUACAAGUACAGCGUUACGAUAUACCUUGUGCAGAGGUGUGUGCACGGGAGUAUGAGUACAAAUAUUUGAAAGUGGUGUUCAACCUGAUAUGCUUUGAAGUCUUUAGCCACGUGUGUGACGAGCACCUGGGGAAAUUGUCGCACGAUCUGAAGCACGGCUUGGUUGUUGAUGAGUUGUUUGGGUCGGGCGGGGAGCGAAACAAUAGUUGGCAGCAGAAGAAUACUCGGAUUUGCCUGAACGGGUCAGGCGAUUCUCAUACGUGUGCACAGUUGGGAGGACCGAGUGACCAAGUGGGGAACGACCUCCACGAAGCAGAAUCGCGUCUAUCGCGUGAAUCACGUGAAGCGCCUCGCCAGUGCGCCUUCUACAUAUUUUCCCCACGGGGGGAAAUAUAUGUCUUGACGAAUGGCGGGCAUGAGGGGGGAUCCUCCACUGGGGGGGAGCUCUUUCGCCACGGCCCCUGGGCAAUUAGGAAAUUCUCAUACAGGCAGUCAUUAAAGAGGGAGGAAGGGAAGACCCAGGAAGGGGCAAAUGAAGAGGAUGAAGAUGUCCUUCCGUACAGCUACUACGGAAUCUUUAACAUGAAUCUGAGCUACUUUUACAAGCAGGAGUACUACAAAAGUUUCGUCACGUUGAAUCCUUCUGUCCAGGCGACGAUUAGAAAAUAUGUCUCUCGGGAGAAGGCGUCAGUCAUGGGGGUCAGCAGGUGCAUUAGCACAUCUUUGUUUCCCGAUGUGUGCGUUUUGCGUGAGUGGAACAAGUGUAGGCGCGUCGGGGGUAUGAAGCGGGACUGCCUUUACUACAGCUUAAGGAAUGAUGGGGAGGUCAUGACCCUGUGCCACGGGGAGGGGCAACCAGAGCCCCUGCCUGACUCCAAGUAA